UGAAUUUUUAUGAAAGUACUAGUUUAAUUAGAAAUAAAUUAUAUUUUAAAAUAACAUUCAAUGGGUUCAUUGACUAGUAGGCAAAAUGCUGGAGUUGAAGAAGUUGAUAUUUCCACGAAUCAUGCUUAUAAAUACCCUCCAAGAACUGGUAACUAUUUCGGAAGUCAUUUUAUUAUGGGUGGUGAAAGAUUUGACACUCCACAGCCUGAAGCUUACCUUUUUGGCGAAAAUACUGAUCUAAAUUUUUUAGGAUGCAAGCCAACACCAUUUCCAUAUCCUCCACCUCAAGCAAAUGAGCCAACAAAAACUUUGAAAAGUUUAGUAAAUAUUAGAAAAGAAUCAUUAAAGUUUGUUCGAGCCCCUGAAAAUUUAAGCAAACCUGAUGAGCAUGAUGGUAUCAAACCAUCUAGGUUUAAUAUAGAAUUUAUUUUUGAUGCUGAUGCAAAAUGUGCAAUAACCAUAUAUUACUUUUGUGUGGAAGAUUUUGGACUCAAUGGAGUUACAUAUACAUCACAAGAUGUGUCCUUAAAUUCAGAAACUUAUCAUUAUAAAAGAGGUUCAAGUCAACAAUUUAGUCAACCUUUACAUGUUUUUGAGCCUUCGAAGUAUUCAGAUGAUGAGUUGUCUUAUAAUGCAGAUAGAGAAAUAAUGCCUAUUGUCAUACAUUGUUUAGCUGAAGAAGGUGGAGAUGAGCCCCGACAAUCUCAUUCAACAAUAGCUGUAGUAGAAAAACACUCUGAUGGCACAUAUGUAUUAAAAGCACUGAAACAAAAGCUUUUUGUGGACGGACUUUGUUAUUUAUUGCAAGAAAUAUAUGGUAUUGAAAACAAAAAUAAUGACUCUAAUAAGUCUGGUGAUUCAGAAGAUACAGAAGAUAAUGGAAGUGAAUGUGUGAUUUGCAUGUGUGAUGUCAGAGAUACAUUAAUCCUGCCCUGCAGGCAUUUGUGCCUGUGCAAUGGUUGUGCUGAUUCAUUACGUUAUCAGGCAAAUAAUUGCCCUAUAUGCAGAGCACCAUUUCGAGCUCUCUUACAAAUCAGAGCUUUAAGAAGAGCAGGCAGUGCUGGCAUACCAGCACCUCAGCCUUUACCCCAACCAGUUGAGGGCUCUUGUGAGAAUAUACCAGCUGGUUAUGAACAUGUCUCCCUAAUAGAAGCUCUAAAUGGUCCCAGCUGUAUGCCACGUUCUCAGAUUAUUGUUUCCAAUCAGGCGAUAGAUAUUGACAGUCCAGAUACGGAAGUUCAAACACAAGCUGCUGAAGUUCUCAAUCGAUCAAAUUUAGAAAGAACAAACAAUAUGCGUUAUACAAAUCCUCGAGGAACUGAAAAUAAAGAGAAUCGACAAAAUAACACAUCCCAUAAUGCUCCAGAGAUUCGCAUGUCAGUGUUAUUAUCACGCGAAGACCAAAAUAUUAAAGAAUCAACGUCUACACAGAGUCCAUUAUUGAAUCCAAAUGGACAUAAGACAAAACCAGCACCAAAAUCAAGAGAUGUAUUAAGACAUGUGAAUGAAAAAAUCAAGCUUCAAGAAAAGGUUGACCAGGAAAAUUUGGAUAAUCAGGAUACCCAAGACACUGAUAGUGAAUCUGAGAAACUGUCUCCAUUAUUAGAUGCCGCUACCAUGACUAGUGCCGAAAUUAUUCCUUUACAUAUGGAUGGAGUUAUUGAAUCAAUUGAUGACACUGAUACAGAUUUAGAUGAAGUGGAAAAUAGUAAGUCAGCUAAUGUUGACAAAAAUAAGUUAUUGACACGCUCUAACCGUCAGGUUUUGGUUGAUGGCGAUACUGCUGUUUUAGCAGCUGGAGAGGAUUCUGAUUACUACACACCAGAAGAUCCACAAACUACAAUUCUUAGUCCCAUAUUCUUAGAUAAGAAUAAAUCGAUGGAGCAUCUGAGUGUGAACAGGCAAGGUACCCCACCACCUCAUCAAUCUAAUCCAUGUCAAGCUGCUAUCAGUGCUGACAGUACUCCGCAAAGAUGGAAUCCUUCUCUAAGACAACAUGAUCAUCAUCAACAAUUAUCUUCAACGCCAGGCACUCCUCAAAGUAAUAACAGCCAUGCAAGCAUACGAUCGAGUAAUGAUAGUUAUAGUUCCUCGAGUUCUACUCGGCAUCUUUUGUCUGCUGUGCCAACCGUUGUCUCUAUAGCUUCAUCAGGAAACAAUGUUGCAGACCAAGCACCUGCAGUAGAAAUAUGAGAAUAAUGCAAGAUGUUUUUUUCAAGUGAUGACAAUGGAAACAGAGGGAAAUGCGAUUACUUUAUU